UGACACUCUUCCAAAAGGAAAUCAACAAAUUUGUCACAAAUGUUUGUUGAUCGGCUAGACCGCAACCUUCACCGCUUUCAGGCGAAAAAAAAAUCUUCAUACUAUGCAAAGGUGAAAGCUUAUUGUUUCACCUUUUACAAUUCUUUGAGAGUCACGAGUGACGACUAGGGCUCUAUUUCAGUUUUUAGUGUACGCGUUUAUCGAUUGUUUGGGCUAUAGGACGCUUUUUUGAAAGUUGUUUGUGUCAUUUUUUAGAACUUAAAGUAUGAUGCAGCUACUUGAAUACUGAGAAGUAGGUCAAAAUGGAGAUAAGCAUACUCUAAGGACACGGUUUAGAUCCCAGAGUGGAAAGCGAUUAUCCUUGAGGAUUUCAAGAUGGCUACCGGAAAUGGUAAUGUUCAUUGCCGGCCGUUCGAAAUAGACGGGAACGUAGAGGCUAUUGACACACUGUCGCUGGACUUUGGACGGUGUGUAACAGUCAACAGAUGGAAAGGAAUGCCCGAAUGUGAUGAGUUUGUGGGAGCUAGGUAAGAAACACUUGCAGAUUGUUUCAAUUUGCUGAUUCAACAGGAUUGGCAAGUAUUCUCUUAUGCCAAUUGUAACGAAAUAAGUUUUAUCAGGGAGCUGGAUAGUCAGCCAAUCAGAGCCAUUCUGUCAAGGUCAGUCAGUCACCCAAUCAUGCAAAAGCAAAAGCUCCCCUGUUUAGCAUUUCCAACUUCACUGGGAAGUUUAGCCUGCGAAAACAUCCGUUUCUCCUCGCUCUUCAUCAAUGAGGAUGUUUCGCGCGGAGGAACAUCUGCGACUCAACGACAGAAAUUCCAUACUGAUGACGUAAAAUCUGUCCGGAAUCCGGUCAGAAGCGCUGAUUGGUCAAGGGAGUAGUUAUAUUGUUUUAGCUAUUGUUUACGAAUGACAGACAAAAGACAAAAGGUCACAAAGGUCAAAUGUAAAGGCGAAGAAUCCCUAACAGAAUGGUCAAUAUUCGUGGAAAAUAGUCUUCUCUAGAAGAAGCAUUUGAGUUUUCCUGGAGCUCGUUGGCAGAUGAACACAACACUUUACCAAAAUCGACCAGAAGACACCCAAAAUUGGACAAAUUAUUUUGUAUUUGGAACCCCCAUGACUACUGGAUGUAAACAUUGGUUUGUUUGCAUCAUCAGUAUGGAAUUUCUGUCGCUGAGUCGCAGAUGUUCCUCCUCGUGAAACGUCCCCAUCUAUGAAGAGCGAGGAGAAACGGAUGUUUUCGCAGGGUAUGGGAAGUUGGGAAUAAAGCAAAGAAAAUGCUAAGUCACAAAAAAGUAGUACAGUGGAACCCGGUUAAUACGGACACCGAAGGGACAUGCCAUAGUGUCCUUAUUAACUGGGUGUUUGAGAAAAUAUAUGAGCUUUUUUUUCCCAUCAGGACAAACAUAACUGUAUGUUAUAUACAGGUGUACAUAUUAAGUGAGUGUCUGUAGAGCAGGGUUUCACUGUACUACCGUUUUCACCACUUAGGUAGUUAGAUAGCCAGGCAUGUACUGUUGUUAAUGCUGCUAGCCAUUUUGCUAGUUACCAGUAAUAUAAAGACAAUGAGUCAACACUUAUGACCUGGUCAGCCUUCCAAUCUACCAUCAAAAAAUGAAAAUCCGAUUUGCACAUCAUGUACCUUAACUUCAGGGCAAUUUUUUCUUUUCAUCUUCCAUGCAGACAUUUUUAGGGAGAUGCUCAUGUAAGUCCUCCACUCCACUAAAAUGAGGUCACAUGACUCCUCUAAAACACCUGUAUGGGAGCUAGUUUUUUGAAACGGUCACUGGCAGGGAUAAACUGCUUGAUUCUCCUUCCAAUAUUUAUCUUGUAAAUGCUCAUGAAUUAAAAGGAAGAAUUUCAUAUCUGAGCAGGAAUCACUUAGCGUGGCCUUAAUUCACAGAACCGGGCCCUUUGCUUUACCUGUUUGGGUACAUGGCUACUGUGCAUGCAAUGUAAUGGUCUCUAAGCAUGGACAGGUGAUUACCCAAACAGCCCUAGAAAUCUUUGAGGCAGUCUCAGUCUCUUUGGAGUUCUAAAAUGUACAUUCAGUUAACCUUGUUGAUUAUUGAUUAUUAUAUGCCCAUGUUUAACAGGCGCAGCAAGCAUACACUUGUAGCCUGGAAUGAUGCUUUGUAUGUAUUUGGUGGAGAUAAUGGGUAUGUACUGUGGUUUGUACUUCAGAAAGUGAUUUUUAUAAGACUUAGUGCUGUUUCAACUGAACUAACUAACCACACCCUUUUAAUUCUGCAGUUGCAAGAGUGCUGGUGUGUUGAUUGGGAGGUCAUGGUUUCAAACCCUUGCAGGACCACUAGCCAUGAUCUAGCUCCUGGAUUAAGUGCUAUCCGUCAGAUAAAUCACCAUUAAGUAGACAAGGGAAACCAUUUUGCGCUAUCCAGUGGAUAGAGAUUUAUCUGGUGGGUAGCAUUAUCCACCUUUUGAAUAACUCGGGACUGAGCAGUAAGAUCAUGCCAGCUAUGACUUAAGACUGCCUGUUAGUAAAGUUAAUUGUGUCAUUAUUCACGGACAUUCAGCCAUUGCAGAUUCAUUCUUGGGUUCCUCAUCACACAAAGGUGAUGUAAAAGAAUCCAUUUGUAAAACAUGUUGUUCAGAAAGAGUAAUGGAUGAUUGUAGACCCUUGUGGUGUGGUUCAUGUACUUGUCCUUUCUCAUUGGAAGGUGACUGUCGUUGGCCUGAAGUGAUUUACUAUUAAUUUGUCUAAUAAUCAAUAUUUUUAUGAAUAAUUUUGAUUUAUUUAUUAAUAAAACAAUUAUUAUUACAGAAAGAGGAUGUUGAAUGACAUGUUGAGAUUUGACAUCAAAGACAAUUCAUGGAGCAGGUAGGUCCUGUGACUAUCUCUCAAGCUUGUGACCUGCUUGCCAUAUCAGUCACCCCUUCUUAGCUCAGUGGUUAGAGUAUACAACCAGUAACUGCCCAUGGAAGGUCGCUAAAGUUGAAGGAAGUUAAAGCAACCUGGUAGUCAUUAUUAUUUGAAUACACAACAACUCUCUUAAUGGGGUCCUGUGGGUCUUUAUUGCCUUGACCACUACAAUACAAUAUAACCCCAGGAAUGAGGGCUUGGGAAAAGCAAUUUUGUUUAAGUGCUACCUGGAAUUGCAUGAUGAGGAGGUAUACUUUGCAACAGCUCAAAGUAAUAAUAAUUACUUUAGACGGGUUUGGCACUGAACUUCUGUCACUUAUAUUUAGUACUGAUAAACAGGUUUAUCACUCACGUUUAACUUACUAUUUUUUAUAUUUGCAGAGCGGUUACAAAAGGUGCUCCCCCUGCUCCCCGUUAUCACCAUUCUGCCGUUAUUUUUGGACCCAAUAUGUUAGUGUUUGGUGGAUUUACAGGUACAAGUUAACCCUAAAGCCUUACUUAUCAAUUUGAUAUUAUUUUUCACACUUUUAAGUUCCUUACAUGGUUUCUGUUAACAUAAAAAAGAAUGGUUUAACAAAUAAUUCAGACGUUUUGUUACAUCUUAGUGUUGUUUGUGUUCUCUGCAAAAAAUGCAGUGUUAUCAAAUUAUUAAAUUGGUGGUUUUCUGGAAAAUGUGAAUGGUUUAAAGGUGUUCAAUUUAAAACUGCCACAAUCAUAUGAAAGGUGGAGAUGAGUAAACCCUGAACAGAACAUACAAUGUAGUGUGUUAUUUAUGUGGCAGGCCAGACCUCUCAGUCGGUAGAGGUAGAGCUGUUAAUCACAGAGAGGGAGGUCAUGGGUUCAACUAUACUGGAACCAGAAUUGACCAAGAUGUUUUGGCUUACAAAUGGUUAGACCUUUCCUUAUAAAGCAAACAGUGACGACCAUAAACGGUUAUAGUGUACAUUAUGUACUGCUGCCCUUAGACUAUUUCCUUCAUUUGAUACUGCAUUAAUUUAACUGUUGCCACUUAGGUGAUCUUUACUCCAACUCCAACCUUCAAAACAAGAAUGACUUGUUUGAAUACAAGUUCAACACUGGUCAGUGGACAGAGUGGCGUAUAGAAGGAAGGUACUAACCUUUGAUAAACACAGAGUAGAAUUUUAAGUAUAAAUAGGUUGAUAUUGUUCAUGACAUAAAUAUACUUUUUGGAAUGAAGAGCAGUUUGCUAUGCUCUAUUAAUUUAAUCGAACAGGUUACAUUUCUUUGUAUAAAAUGUCUAUUCAGUUGUAGAUCAUGGAAGAUGUCAAAAUGUUGUAAUAAUAGUCCACUUCUGAGUUCCAAAACCCUCACUUUCAAAUUGAGGCCAAGUGCACAACCUUUCUUGUGAAAAUGAGUUUUAUUUGCAUGAGAAUGAAAAAUUAUUUCCAUAUAAAAAAACCCCACUUUAUUUGAGUGUCAAGGUAUUUAGCACAUAAGUUAAAAUCGUUUGGUACUUUGGGCCACUGCACCUUGUAUUUCUCCUUGUUUCUUUCAUUGGUGGACUAAGUUGGGCUAAGCGUACAUUAUAAGGAUAACUCUUGCACCGGCAUGAAAACCGGUUCAGAUAGGGCUUUUUUUCACACAUAGAACUGUGAUUUUGGAGCGGUUUUUGUAAAGGAACGAAGCUGCACCGCGCCGCGCCUAUGGGUUAUAUGCCUUUGUGAGCAGGGAGGGGUUCAUACCAGGCCGGAGUAUUUUUCUUGUUGAUGUGAUAAGUUAUACAGUCUUCUGUAGCUUUAUGGAAGUGGAGUGGAGUUUUAUGGACCUGAAUCCUCCUUUUCCAUUUGACUGAUAGCCAAUUGACACCAUUGUAGAUUGCCGCCUGCACGAUCCGCCCAUGGAGCAGCAGUUUACAAGAACAACUUGUGGAUAUUUGCUGGCUAUGAUGGGAACAAAAGGUAGCGUAGUUAAUUGAUCUCGUAAAAGAUAGAUGGCGCAUAAACAUUUCAUUGUGACAAACCACAUUAAACCUGAAUAGAAGCAAAAAGUAACUUCUUAUUUCAUGCAUUACCCAUAGACUGGAUGAUCUUUGGACCAUUUGUUUGACAGACCCCAACCCACGGUGGCAAGAGGUAUUUGUGUGUAUAAUUGUUAUUUUAGGAUCAGUCUGGUGUUCUUAAAGUGCAUGAGUGUUCAGUUUUCUGCUGUUGCUGGCCGGGUUUAGUUUAGUCUGGUUCAAUUUUGUUAGUUUUUAAACUGGUUUAAACUGUUGGCCUUUGGAUGAGAUACUAAGGCGUAACUACUAUCCGUCGCACCUUCAGAACCUAUUCUUAUUCUAAUGAGGUCGGACAUUUCGUAAGUUGUCCGGAAUACGUCGUGACUUCGGACAUAUUUUGUCGGGACACUUCGUGACUUGAUCGGAGAUACAUCGUGACGUGAUCGGAUGGGAAAUUUCGUGACUUGAUCGGAGAUACAUCGUGACGUGAUCGGCAAAACAUCGACGGAAUCAUUGUUAUAGAUAAUAAGAUGCAAAGGGAGAUUAUAUUUGUGGUUGAGUUUGAAAAUGAAAAGUUGAGGGACAGAUAAAGUGUCCUUGAAGGUGCGCAGUGCGCAUGCACCAUGACUAAAAACGAUGUAAAACGUUGUUCGGGGUUCGCGGGUUUUGAACAAGCAACCUUAGAAUCUAUAUAACUUAGACUUACCUGCGCGCGGUGACGAUAUUAAACUGAUCACCGUCGCAAGGUCUAUAGGUAUAAAAAAUACCAAUGUGUUUGGUAAACUGUCCAGCUUCGAUCGAGUAUCCGAUGAUCCGAUCCACAUUAAACUUGUAAAGAUAAAACUCGCCAUGACGAUAGUUGAAUCCUUCUUUGACGAUUUCGUAAUCUGAGCUAUCCUGAAACGUGAGCUCUGUCAAAUGAAGUAACGCCUUGGUUAACUUAAAAUCCCGGGUAAACUGGGACUUGGAAUGUGUAUACAUUUCACAUUGGUUGUAUUUGUUAAUGUGAUUGGCACUCCAUAAGGUCAGGAUCGCGGACUCCGUUUCGGCGGGAACAGCGUAGAAAUCAGAGCUGGUUUCAAGAAUUGCUUCUUUAGCCAUGUUUGCGAUAAUGUGAAUAAAACCGUUGAGAACUUUUAAACAAUCGUAUGUAAAUUCGCGCAAGUUGAAAUUGUUUGAUCCACCGCUCGGAGCGCGUCCUAUGUUAAUUUGCUCCACAUUCAGUCUUUCAUCCACCACGCCUUUACGUACACCUAUUGUGUAGGCUGGGCAUAAGAGAGCACGUUUCAUAGUCAGUUAGCAUUCAGUCUUUGAGUGAAUACACGCGUUGCUGCUCUUACGUUACGCCAAGAUGGAAACACUUCAAGAAUUAGCGCUGAAAGCUGUUCCUUUCCCCGGAAAACAAGCGGAGAUGUUUCUGCCACCAAUCAAUCUUUAUAAACGUAUCAAUUUGUUAUAGGAAAUGUCUUACUGUUCUCGUACAAAGACCAGUUUGUUCUUCAAGUGAUUGGAUUUCACCAGAAAGAAGCCCUUCGUUUCGGCGUUUUCGACUGAUUAGACAACCAGCAGUAUGCAUUCAUUGUAGACGUAUUAAUGUGUUAGUGAAAACGAUUGACGGUUUGGUGCAUAAAAGAAUGGGCAAACCACAAUAUCUUUCAAGAGAUGAAUUUAGAAAACUUGAAAGAUUAUAUAACAAUAAGCCCGUACUACAAUAUAACUAUGAACUAAGACGUGCUUACUUGGCGCCACCGCUAUAGUCAAAGAUCGUUUGAUGUUUCUGACUUAUAGGCAUUCCCUGAAUGAAGUGUUAGUCAGGCAUAUUUGUCCUUCAACGCAUUGGAUUUGUUCAAGAGACUCUUCUCUCGCAUCAGUUAGUUUGUGUUCAUGCGCGCAUUGCCGAGGAAUUAACGAGCUGGAAUUAACCCUAGAUGGACUAGUGCACUUAAGAAUGGGCAAGCGUCUUUUAAGAAAUGAAUUUAACCGACUUGAAAAAUUAUAUAAAAACAAACCGGCUUUGGAUUAUAAUUACUUUUUAAGACGUACUUAUAAGGUUUUGGGUUUUUAUAAAUUUUAGUGGUGUAUUAACCCAAAUUCAAGAAUCCGAAGUGUGCGAUGUAGCAGAUUGGGUGGAAUUGAAAGGAGAUUAUUGCCGCAGACAUUGCUUUAGAGUGAAAUUUUUUGCACUCACCAGAAUUGGAAUAAGAAUAGGUUCUGAGGAUGUGACGGAUAGUAGUGGCGUAACGAUUCAGCUAAAAGAUAGCCCUGGUGGCAGACGCCGGUUAGUAUUGUUGGUAAGUUCUUAAAGAGCGCGCGAGGGUAACACGCGAAGGGAAGAGUAGACCUCUUUUCCCCUGCGCGCGCGUCCUUGAAAUUUCUCCCUUCGCCCACAAAAAACCUGCGCUGCUACGCAGGUUAGCUGAUAAAAGUUGAUUGAAAAGUACGUGUUAUGUUAUGCCAACAUCCUACACGGGUCUAGGAUAAAGUUAAACUUAUAUAAAUUGUGGUCUAUCGCUUAAUUAAAAUUCAGGAACAGGAACAAACGUUGCAUUUGUAUUUUGAUUGUAGGUACAACAAUCUGGAGAUAGACCACCCACUUGCUGCAACUUUCCUGUUGCUGUUGUCAAGGACAGCAUGUUUGUGUUUUCGGGUCAAAGUGGAACUAAGAUUACCAAUGACAUGUUUGAGUUCAAUUUUUUGGAUCAGAGGUAAGUCGAAUGAAACGAUUCUGCAGAAAACAGACAGCAGAAAUUGCAGGGUUACACAGAUAGAAUUACGUAUUUUAAAUUUUAUCAAAUUUGCUUUAACAUGACAGGCGAUGAAACUGGAAACCUCGGCUGUUUUUCCCAUGAUUUUGCCUCCUGAAUUUUCUUUCCAUUUUACAUGUGUUGUAGUAGGUUGUGGAUCGGACAUGAGGGAUCAACCCUGCGGGAGUAGCAGUAGUCCCAAGGUGUUUCAAGCUACAGCAACGUCCAAGUUCUUGUGCACCUUUUUAAAUUUUUGUUGAAAAAGCAAGCUCUUACCUACUUUGAUUUCCGUCUACAAACUACCAACAUAGCUAAUGCAUGAAUUGUGUUCUUUAUAUUCCUCUGUUACAGGUGGACUCGUAUCCCAUCAGCCCAUUUGUUACGUGGUGCGCCUGCACCACCUCAGCGGCGUUACGGUCACAGCAUGGUAGCGUAUGAUAGGUACCUUUAUGUGUUUGGAGGAGUAGCUGACAACACUUUACCCUCCGAUCUAUACAGGUAUGGGGGCACCAACGCCCCAUUCUUUCUUCAUCCCCCCUGAUAUUAGCUUCCGUUUUGAGCAAUUUAUUUUAUUUUUCACCGGCUCAAUAAAAACUCAGUUUGUCAAUCCUGUUUUUCUUCAUUUGCGAACUUUUCUGUUUGUUUCCAGCACAAUUCCCGCAUAUCAAUUCUUUCCGCCGAAAACGAACAAGAACAAAAUAACUUUAUAUGGUUCUUUGGGUCUAAAGCACCUCCAUGGUUUGGUUUUAUCACUACAUAAAGAAGGAAAUGGCAUAACUAAGUCCUACAAAUGUGUUUCAAAUGAUGACUUAGCUUUCCCCCGCCCGAGUACUUGUAAUGGGUAUUUUGGUAAGGCCUUGCGAUAAUCCAAUAUCCCUGCCGGAGGGGGAAUGACAUUCACAGUAUUCAGAAUACUUUAAUGUUACUGAAACGGUAGGGUCCUGGAUAAUCGCGCAUGCGUAUGUUAGCGUAAUGGAGUGUUAUCUGUUCUUUGUAUUAAAAGAUUUUCUCUUGACGAAAAGACAUGGGAGAUCGUGCAGCCAGCGGGAGAAAGUGAGGUAACAAAUGAAAUAAGAUGUUUGCUUGUGCGAUCCGAUGAUUAUCGAUAGUAAACGAUUUGCUAGUUAGUGAUAUGACCUUCAGAGUUCGCUUAGGGUAGUCCUAAAAAUGCUCUUAAAUGCAAGGAGAAUAAGUCGGACUAAAGAUAGAGAACUUAACCACUUAACCACUUCCAUCUGCAUGUUAUGCCGCAAUGCACUUCAUUGCGCAUGCAUUACUAUAUACAAAUAUCAGUCUGUCACAGGUACCGCGGCACAUCUAAAAUACAAGAAACAGCAGGUCAAAGGUGUUUUGGAAUAAGUGAUCAUGCUAUAGUUAAUCUUCACAUCAUUGUUCCAUCUCCAAGAAUAGCUCAAACACAUUUGGUAAAUUAAACUUCAGUUAGAAGAAUCGCCAAGUGGCGUUAACGAGUGAUCUCUUUCUUUCUUUAUGUGGAAGCCAGUAGAAUCUUCAGUCGCAUUUGCCCGCACGCAAUAGUCCAUUUUACAGCUGUGGAUGGAAGCGAGGCUGAGGGUGACCUUGUUUUGAUACAAACCUUUCUGCUUUAUUAUGUAAAUGAAGUUGUUUUUUAUGCUAACUAGUAUUUUUCAAGAAGAAUUUCCAUAACAAAGCAGAGAGGGUUUGUAUCAAAACAAGGUCACCCUCAGCCUCGCUUCCAUCCAUAACUGUAAAAUGGCCUAUUUGAAGCCAACUGGUGAAUUUAUAUUACCCUUUGUGUCGUAGAUUCCAAUUGGACGACUUUUCCAUGAUGCAGAUGUUAUUAAUAACGAAAUGUACAUAUUUGGCGGAACCGUGGAUAACAAUGUGCGAAGUAGCGAGCUCUACAGAUUUCAGGUAAAUUCCCACAUUUUUAUUCUUUUGUCUCUAGGUCUUUAAUUCUUGUUGAGGUAAAUUUGCUGGUUCCAUCUCUCUUCAGUUGGCUAGUUAUCCUCGGUGCACGCUCAGAGACGAUUUUGGUCGCUUACUGGAAGCGAAGCAGUUUUGCGACAUGGUCUUCCUUGUGGGCCAGGUAAGCACCUCUGAGGUUAAAUUUCCUUAUCACCAGUCGGCUUUACAACAGAACGAUAAAUUACGAAAGAAGAUUCUACCUUUCGUUGCCACGUGCCCAACCUGAACGUCCUCUUGAUGAGCAAAUUGAAUUUAAUUCAAAAUCAACCAUUAAGAGCCUUCCCUUAUUAUUGGGCUGCCUGUGGCACAUCCCAAUUAUAAAAUUAGCUUUCUCCGUUCGCCAGGAUAGAAAAUAUUACACUACUGCAGCCCAAUAACGCCUAUUAAAGGCGUCUUGUUUCAUAUAAAAAGAAAAUUCUGAGGGAGAUGUUCAUGUUAGUGGAGCAAAGUCGUAAGGUCACGUGAGGUCAG